UCGUUUUUAGUUAUUCAAUGAUUGUAAAUAAUACGUUAGAUCACUUUUAAUGCGAUUUUUAGGUUGUAUAUUUGUAUAGUAACUAAUAUACUUAACCGAUACAUUGCAAAAUAACAUUAUCAUACCUUCUUUCCUCUUAGAAUUUACUACAAUCAUGGUUUCCCCCUCUUGCGUCGCUUUUAAUCACUCCAUUGACAAACAGAACUGAUUUAGAGAGUUAUAUUUGAUGAACAUAGUUGCCAAAGUGGAGUGAUGAUGUUUCAUGGUAUGAAUUAGACUUUAACUGUUUCCGAUCUAACCGACCUGGGUGGCAUCAUGGCGGCUAAUGAUGAAGGGAAGUAUACCUUCUCGGCACUAGGAAUAAGUGGUUCUCUACAGGAGGGGCUAAAGAAAAAUGGUGUGAUAGCUCCAUCUCGCCAUCAAUACAAUGCAAUCAAAGCCAUACUUGAUAGACAGGAUCUCAUUUUGCAGUCGAAAUCAGGAACAGGUAAAACUCUAAGUUUUUGCAUUGCAGUUCUGCAUUUAGUUUAUCAGGAUGAUUCAAGCACAAACCCUGAUAACGAUGAUUCCUGUGUAUCGGAGACAUUGGAAUCCACAUCAGUAAGAUGUCUAUCACCGAAACAUUCAUCUUUGGAUAUAGAGCAAAACGACCUAGAGAAUAUGGAUAUAUCAUCAGUUGAUGAAAUGGAAGCUGAUAUUACUUCUGCCACUGAAAUUAACCCCCUGGGUCAACAUACAAAAAACAUUUCGAUCCAUGAUGGAAUAUCAUUUGGACAAGUUGUCGUAAUAGUGCCAACCAGAGAAUUGGCCGCCCAAAUAUGCAAGACUCUAACCCAGAUUCUAGACGGUUCAACUCUCAUACGGUUACACUUAAUUGUAGGCGGUGCGAGAUUAGAUGAAGGUAUAGCUGACCUCAUUAACAGCGCUCCCCAAAUUAUAGUUGCCACCCCCGGUAGAUUGAUAACAACAAUGAGCAGGGGAAUAAAGUGCACUGAAACUCAACAAAGACAUACCAUAAUGAGAUACAUGAACACACAGACACUAGUACUAGAUGAAGCGGAUAUGUUACUGGAUGAGCAUUUCAUUGGCCAGAUUAAAACAAUAUGCACUAAUAUGGUGAAUCCCUUUGUCCAGAUUAUCGCUACGUCGGCAACAUUUAUCAAGGCCCAAUUCAAGCUUUACGAAGAUAUGAUAAUGAAGCAAGAUGAGGAUUUCUUGAAUCGUGUAGCGUCUUAUUUCUCGAUGGAUACUUAUGGAAAGAUAGAGUCACUGAAGAAGGCAUUUGGAAUCCACGUUACACGCAAAAUAUACAGGUUGCUCAAUGGCCACAUAGAAACCCCGAAUAGCGGGGAUGGUAUCAUCGAUGACCCUGUAUCUAAAUUUCCAGAAGAAUUGAAUCAAGCAGACAACAUUAAAUAUACGUCGCUACUAAAAAGGGUUAUACUGCCCAAAAGAAAUAUUGUCAAGAUGAUCGUAUCGGCAAGUCAUGUCAGUCGUAUGGAAGUAUCGAAGAAUGUCGUAUGUUUCACAGAGAAUGACUGCAUACCUGAUUAUAAGGGUCUGAGAACUGCUAUUGAACAGAAAGAAUCACUAGUUGAGCAGUCUGAUACGCCAGUGCUAAAAAAUGUCCAGUUUUUCUAUGUAGAGGUCUUUGAAGCACCUAAUAUAGUAAAGCAGAUUGCGCUAAAGUUACGCGUGGUGGUUAAACUUUUGGAAGACCCGCGAUACAUCAAGACUAUAAUAUUUUGCAACCAAAGCCAUACACGUAUGCUGACUGCUAAUGUCCUGGAGAGGCUUGGGAUAUCCUGUAGCCUAUGUAGCUCGAGACAGCCUGUUAAUUCCCGGAAAGUCAUCAUUGAUGAGUUCAUUAAAUCAGGAACCAGUGUCAUGAUAGCAGCCGAUGUGAUAAGCCGCGGGAUAAAUAUAGAUAAUGUAGACCUUGUGGUAAACAUGGAUGUACCAGAAUCCAAAGAGGCCUUCCUUCAUAGGUCCGGACGUACAGGAAGGUAUGGAGGGUAUGGUCAUUGUGUAUCUAUAUGCACAAAACCUGAGAUGGAAACUUUGGCCUAUCUAGAGUAUGCUCUUAACUUUAAAUGUAAACAGAUGACGGACGUUGGCAUUACGGAAUACGUAGGUGCAAGAUCCAGGCGUACAACCGAUGAGUCAGAUAGUGAAACUCCUGAAUGCAGUUACGAAAACGACAGUAAAGCGGCUGAUGUAAAUAACGAUUGUGACCACAGCUCCAUAAUAUCGAGCUGUGCGCAAAAAACUAAUGUAGUAACACGAAACAAAUCGCAAACAUUUCUAGGUUCAUCGCAACAGGGAUUCAAUGAAGCUAUAAGGUCCCCAAUUAUAUCAUCUAUACACAGUUGUUUAUUUCCAGGAUUGAAAGAGUGUAUUUUACCAGCUUAUGCAGUUCUGUUGGAGCACGAUCUUUAUCUGGAAGGAGUGGCUCCUAUUGGUAUCAUAAGUCCUGAAUGUGGGACGGUUGAUCCACCUGGGUCUGAAAACACUUUCCGCGUAAAGUUCGUGGAGUUACGAAUGUCCAAAGUGACGCUUCAUUUGUCAUUGGAUUUUUAUGAUGCAAUUGUUGAUUGUGAUCAAGAAGAGGAGACCUAUGGAAAGCUUCACCACAUAUUGGCUGUUCAGGAUGGUGGUGGUGGCAUAUCAAUUUUGGAUCCUAUUCACCACAUAUUCAAACCUAUUUGCGGAACCUUGUUGAUAAGCGUAGUUAGUACCAAAGAUACUCUGAUCCAACUCAGUGAGUUGAUGUCCAUGGUGAACGUCGACGUUCUGCUUCACCACCACAACGAUAUGUCGGAGCUUGCUGUACCCUUUGUUGAAAUUUACGAUGACCUAAUGUAUUACCCGCCAAAACUGGAAUGCAAAAGUGAACUGUCCUUGCUUGUUGACCUCUUUCGCAACAUGUUCCAGAGUGAGCGUGAUGAAGAUGCUCUGGCCCAUGUUGAUGUCGUGGUCAACUACUUUAUACAGCAUGUUACCGCCGGUACGCCAAGUCCCGUUAUAUUGGCAUAUCAGCUAGUAUCACAGAAGCUGUAUGCCAUGGGGAUUGGCCUUAUGGAUACUAGCAUAUCUAGUGGAGUGUCCUACAGCCGUCGUACUAGAAACAUACAUGGGAGUAGCGAGCGAAAUAACACUACAGAGAAAUCUAUUUGACAACUAACUGCAGUUUUAU